GACUAUAAGAUUAAUCGUUAUGGCUGCUCGUCGCACUUACUUGAUCGUAGUACUUCGUACCGACUAUACUACUUUUGCAAUCGGUCUUGUACAUGGGAUGUAUGUUAUAGUACGCGUUCAGAUGGGCUGUUCGAUAUACUUGCAUGGUUGUGGUUGUAUGAUUGAUGAUGAGCCACUGCUUGUUCCCUUCGAGUUACUCCAACGUCGACUGGUAGAGUCGUAGGAGCUCUCGAUAGUUCAUCGUCUGCUACAUCAAUCCCAAUCAUGCCUGUGCCACACAGUAUAAUCCAUGAGAUCAAGCAGAUCAUCCCUCCCCUGAACGGCACGUUGCAUAAAGGACAAUCAGGCAGAGUUGGUGUGCUCGGAGGAACUUUGGAUUACACUGGCGCGCCGUUCUUCGCGGCAAUAUCUGCUCUGCGGCUGGGAGCAGAUCUAUCGCACGUCAUCUGCUCACCCCCAGCCGCCCAAGCUAUCAAAUCCUACUCCCCAGACCUGAUCGUACAUCCCAUUCUCCGCGAAGAAGCACCAUUUGCAAAAGUGCAGAAUGAACUCAAGUCGCUGCUUUCUCGACUGCAUGUCCUCGUCAUAGGACCAGGACUAGGCCGUGAGGACUACAUGCAGUCCUACGCACGUCUAGCCCUGUCCAUCGCUCGCGAACAAGAUAUGUUUGUGGUCCUCGACGCUGACGCUCUGUGGAUGGUCGGAAAAGAACUUAAGCUUAUCAAAGGCUACCGCCGCGCAGUGCUCACUCCCAAUGUGGUCGAGUUCAAGCGUUUAAGCGAGGAUGCGGGCGUUUCACCCGAUGUACCCUCCAAAGAGCGCGCUGGUGAGGUUUCGAAGCUACUGGAAGGUGUUGUGGUGCUACAGAAAGGCGCUACUGAUUUGAUAGUGAGUGAUACUACGGGAAGUGCCAGUCGUGUGGUGCACCCGUUGGACGGCUGGCAUGACCAGCCGAAAUAUGUGAGGGAGGUGGUUGAGGUAGAUGUGGAAGGUGGGUUGAAGCGGUGUGGGGGCCAGGGCGAUGUUCUGAGUGGAACGGUUGGGGCGAUACUUGCGUGGGGGAAAUGCUACGAGGAUGGGGCCUUUGGUAAUGGUAGCAUUCCAGCUUCUCGUCUCCCGCUCCUGGCAGCGGUAGGCGGAAGUAUGGUCACUCGGACCAGCAGCCGAAGGGCGUUUCAGCUUGAGGGGAGAGGUCUUGUUACGCAAGAUAUGCUUCCGCAGCUUGGAAAGUCUUUCUCAGAGGUGUUUGGAGAAGAUCUGUGGGCUGGAGAUAAGGGGAGGCGCUAGAUCUGAAGACGAGGGGAUAGAAGAGACAUGCAUGUGCAAUAGAAGAAGUUCGACUCUGUAUCCUCCUGGUUCGGGAAGGGAACAUUUCGGGCUCUGACAUGAUUAAUGUGACAGGGAAACGGGGUGACAGGCACCCAACCUUGGGAAGACCUAUCUAUCAUUCCCCCCUAUAUGUGACGAACCUGGCCGAU